AUGAAGAUUGCAAUCGCAGAUGUGUUUGCAGGUAGUCGCCACCGUUACUAUAUGUGGCACAUAAUGACUAAGGUUAGCGAGAAAGUGGGAGCUGAGACGUCAAAGAAUAAUGAGUUCCGACGGGCAUUGAAUAGUGUUAUGUGGAACGAGAAAUCAACGAGAACAGAAUUCGAGAUUGGGUGGAAAACAGUAAUUGGAAAAUACGGCGUACAUGAAAACCGAUGGCUAACCCGUAUGUACGAGGAGCGUGCGUCAUGGGAACCCGCAUUUUUCGAUGAUGUGUUCAUGGGUGGGCUACUACGUAACACUUCCCGUUCAGAGGCGGAGAAUAGGAUUUUCCAGGGUAACAUGAACAAACACUUAUGCCUGGUAGAAUUUUUCAGCCGUUUUGAGCGUGCGGUAAGAAAACAACGAAAAAACCACCUAGAACUAAGCGCAAGUUGCACCAGACAUACCCCAGUUUUUGAGACCCUCCUACGCAUUAAGCGAUUAGCAGCAGCAGUGUACACACUGACUAUUUUUUAUGAGGUCCAAAAUGAAAUAAGUGCCGGGUGUUUUAAAUGUCGAGUUCGAGCAUUCACCGAGGCAGAAGGGUUGAAGACAUAUGUGGUUGAGGAUGAAAACGAACAACGAUACACAUUUAUAGUGCAAGAUGGGAGCAACAUAGAAUGCACAUGCAGAAUGUACGCAAGAAUUAGACUCCUUUGUAGCCAUGUUUUUGUCGUACUCAAAGAUGAACAUAUCGAUGACAUCCCCCCACAACAUAUAACACCCCGAUGGGCACGAGAAGCAGUUAAGCACUCCCCCACUGAUAGGGACGAAGAUAAACAGAAUGGUACCAAUAAUUUGGCGCACGGCAACAAUGAAGAAGGAUAA